CCUCAUCAAUUUUUCCUCAUCCGCCUUCGUCCCGCACGCUUGCCGUCCAACCGCUCCCACAGGUCGAGGCGGGGAGGGGGAGGAGGAGGAGUUGCUGGUGGGUGUGGAUUCGCCGUCGAUUCGAGUCUGCGAUGGCGGCGGCGAAGCUGACAGGCAACGCCGUGGCGGCGGCGAUGGCGGGGGACACCAACCUCAAGCCGGUGGUGCAGGUCGUCGACCUCCGGAGCAUCGCGGUCACCGGGGCCCCGGGCUCCGGGCCCAGGUUCCGCGCCAUCAUCUCCGAUGGCGUCGCCACGGGGCACGCGCUCUUCGCCUCGCAGCUCUGCGACCUCGCGCGCUCCGGCGUCGUCCGCCGCGGCUCGGUCGUGCAGCUCCUCGACUACAUCGUUAACAACGUCGGCCCCACCCGGAACAGAAAGGCAAUUGUUAUUCUGAACAUGGAGGUUCUUGUUGCAGAGUGUGAGAUUAUUGGAAAUCCAGCACUACCUCCUGAAUCUGGAGAUUCUAGUUCAAAUUCCCUGAGAGCAGACCAGUUUAAUGGAGCACCUCCAAAUGGUUCAAUGGCAGGGAGUACUUUGAACAAAGUGAUAAAGCCCUCUGACAAUGCUCCAGUAAUCCAGAGAUCGAUGACAGGUAACUCUUUGAACAUGGUUCCUAGGCCAAGUGACAAUGCACAGGUCUUCCAACCAACCGUACAGCCAUCCUAUCGUCCUGCACCCAAAUACAGAAGCCAUGGCACAAUCAUGAAAAACGAUGCUCCUGCUAGAAUAAUCCCCAUACCUGCUCUAAAUCCUUAUCAGGGCCGCUGGGCUAUCAAGGCUCGAGUAACUGCCAAAGGAGAGAUCCGCCGGUACCAUAAUGCAAAAGGUGAUGGCAAAGUGUUCUCUUUUGACCUGCUUGAUACUGAUGGUGGUGAGAUUCGGGCUACAUGUUUCAAUGCUCUUGUUGAUCGCUUCUAUGAAGUUGUGGAAGUUGGUAAGGUCUAUGUGGUAUCUAGAGGAAACUUGAAACCCGCAAAGAAGGACUACAACCAUCUGAAUAAUGAGUGGGAGAUUUUCUUGGAACCUCAGUCAACUAUUGAACUUUGUCUUGAUGAGAACAGCUCUAUUCCUGCCCAGCGGUUUAGCUUCUCAUCGAUUGAUAAAAUUGAAAAUUCAGAGAACAAUGCAAUUGUUGAUGUCAUUGGUGUUGUUACAUCUGUCAACCCUAGUACUACAAUACAGAGGAAAAAUGGUAUGGAAGCUCAGAAAAGGACCAUCACCCUGAAUGAUAUGUCUGGUCGAAGUGUUGAGCUUACCAUGUGGGGUGACUUCUGCAACAGAGAAGGCUCGCAGCUGCAAGAAAUGGUUGAAUGUGGGGCGUUUCCUGUGCUCGCUGUCAAAGCUGGAAAAGUCAAUGAUUACAGUGGGAAGUCUGUUGGCACAAUUUCUUCAUCUCAACUCCACAUAAACCCUGAUCUUGCUGAGGCUCAUUCUCUCAGGCAGUGGUUUGAUUGUGGAGGAAGAGAUGCUUCUACUCAGUCUAUAUCCAGGGAUUUUACUCCUUCAGCAUCAUGGAAUGAGGUCCGAAAGACAGUAGCACAGAUAAAGGAUGAUGGUCUUGGAAUGGGGGACAAACCCGAUUGGGUCACGGUGAAGGCUGCUAUUUCGUUCAUCAAAACCGAUUCCUUCUGCUACACAGCUUGCCCCAAUGUGAUUGGAGACAGGCAAUGUGGUAAAAAGGUGACAAAGUCUGAUUCAGGCAACUGGCUAUGUGACAAGUGCAAUCAAGAGUUUCCAGAGUGUGAUUACAGGUAUCUCCUACAGUUGAACAUUCAAGACCACACGGGAACAACUUCUGUGACAGCAUUUCAAGAUCGUGGACAGGAGAUACUUGGUUGCUCAGCUCGAGAGCUCAACAUUUUUAAAGAGAACAAAGAUCCUCGCUACACAGAUGUCUUGAUCAAUUGCUUGUAUCAGAACUAUUUGUUCAGGCUAAAAGUGAAAGAAGAACAAUAUGGCGAUGUACGACAAGUGAAAAACACUGUGGCCAAGGUGGAGAGGGUGGAUCCUUUGGCUGAGAGUAAAUUUCUGCUUGAUUCCAUUUCAAGGUUUAUACCAUGAGAGUUUUGUUCUUACAUCUAUCAGCUGCUGGUAAGUGUGCUGCCCGCUUAGAAGUGGUAAUUAAUAUGUAGCUUUCCCUAUUCACACGCCCGGAGGUUUCUUUGUCGGAUAGAAUUCUAUCAUUCAGCAGUAGAGUUUUCUCCACUUUUGGUCUGCCAGAUACCUGCAGCUUGAAGCUAUGUGUUCUUUCAUAAUUAACUGAACGCUUGUAAGUGUGAUUAUGAGAGUUCUGUUU